GGCUCAGGGCAGCAGAUAAACUAGGCACCAGUUUGUGUUGAACACCUGCUGACCGACCGGCAGCUGGUCGCUCUGUGUGAAGCAUGAUGGACCGACAGGGAUCCAGCUGGGAAAGGAGAGAAAGCUGCAGGAUUCCUGGGAGGAAAUACCGACUGAAGGUAGAAAUGAUGGAGUCUAAAAUAGAGCAGCUGAUGGAAACACUGGCUGAUCUGGUUCCCAGUGAGCUGCAGAUCUUCUACAAGCUGUUGAUGAAAACAACGAGCUGUGAUUGGAUUCCUGUGAAGAAGCUGGAGCAGCAGAGCUUGGUGUUUUCACUGGUGCAGACACACGCUGGACAGUGUGUGGAGGUGGCUAAGAAGAUCCUAAAGUCUAUGAGGAAGAUAGAUCUGCUGGAACAGAUGGAGGACAGCUGCCCCAGAGCAAAAAAAAAACGGUUUGAUGAGCUUCUGUCUGCAGAAAUCCACAGAGUUUCGGCCGUGGCUGUAACCAAAGAUCUGGUUCUGGAAACGCUGAAUGACCUGAAGGGAAGUGAAUUCAUGAAAUUUAAAUGGUUCCUGCAGCUGACUCAGUUCCAAAGGCGUCUUCCACAAAUCCCAUGGAGCGAGAUGCAGUUUGCAAACAGGACAGACUUGGUGAUGAUGAUGUGGACUAAAUGUGGUGACGAGUGUCUGCAGGUGACUGAGGAGGUUCUGACGGACAUGAAAAGGUCUGAUCUGGUGGAGAAGCUUCCAGUGCAAAGUUCCUGCUUUAAAGUGAAGGCCUCUGUGAGCGAAGCUUGGCCUGAACUGAAGCAGGAAGUAAGAUACAUGGAGUCCGUUAUCAAGAGGCUGCUGGAACAGCUGGAUGGUCUGACUGUCAGGGAUCUAAAAGAUAUCCAGAAGAUCCUAAGUUGGGCCCGGUGCAACAGUCCGUACUUAUGCGUCUCAUCGAGGCUUCUGGGCAUGGAGGCUGACCUGCAGGACACCGUGUUUCUAAUGGUGCAGACCUACAGCCACCAUCCUGUGGAUAAGAUGGUGAAACUGUUCCAGAGCAUGAACAGGGAGGACCUGGUGUUUAAUCUCAUUCAAUCCACAGAAAAGAAACUUUAUGAGAGGAAACGGAGCUCCAGUGUCAUCCAGAAAGUGGCAUUAAUGGCAGCUGUUAAACAUCUGCUCCUGGAAACCUUCAACUCUCUGAGUCAAGCUGAGUUUUUUCAGCUCAAGAGGCUCCUUUACCCCAAUUCCUCACAAACCACAAAGUUGAGUUUGACAGAAAUGGUGAAUGUAAUGGUGGAGGAGCUGGGAGCAAAGGCUGUGGAGGAAACCAGGAAAAUCUUCAAGCACAUGAACAGAGCCGAUCUGCUGGAGGUGCUUCCAGAGACCUGCUGUGGAACAGAAAUCCCAUCUACAUGUUUGAAUGCUGUGAAAAGUGAAAGUCCAGAGCUGGACUCCAGCAGCUGGACCAAAGUUGACCCUGAGGUGGACAGGACAUCUCCAGACGAAGCACAAACAUUCAGCCUCCAGUCUGAAGCGGGCCGCUUUGAAUGCAGCGUCUCUGGUCUGCGUUGGUUCUGCCAGGAAAAGGUGGCCUUUAGGUACCGGUUCUGCUCGUGGGAUGGCCACAUGGAGAGGAUGGAGAGCAGAGGAUACAGGCCUGCAGGUCCUUUAAUGGACAUCACUGUCUCUACUGGGACGAUGCUGGAGGUCCAGCUGCCUCACUGGGUCUACAUCGAUGUUCCUGAGUUAUUGGACAACUUUGCUGUCCUGCAUGUAACAGACUAUGGAGAUGUCCUGGAAAAAGUGGCCCAGGUCACAGAGACUCAUGUCACAUUAACAGAACCAGCUUUCUCCUUGUUGGGAUGUCUUCUAAACAUCUUCUUCUCUCCACGAAUCAACUGCUGUAACACAUUAAUAUACUAUCAGCCCAACAAGCCGUUCCUCAAGCUGCACGUUUACCUGAUCCUGCCGGAUCCUGCUCUGAAACAGUCGAUCUACAAAGAUGAAACCUCUGGGGGGUAUGAAGCAAUCAAGAAGCCCCACCCAGACCAGCGUCUGAAGAUGGACUGUGGUUUCACCCUCAAGGCUUCCGUAGAGACCGCCCACAUUCAGCCCCCGCAAAUAACUCUGAGGCACGUCAGCCAGGAUCCAAACUUCUACGAGGUGUUCAUUGAGAAUCCAGACAGAAGGUUUAACCUGGAGCUGCUGCAGACCGGUUCAGAAACAGUUUGGUUCUGUGAAAUUCGUAAAGGUCAGUUUGUUCCAUAAAUAUCACUUCUGUUUUCCUUCAGGACCAUAAUACUACAAGAUCUUUAAAUAAAACUAUUUAGGUUGGUGUUAAAGAUCUGAUGCAGGAAAUCUGCAACCGUUUUAUUGAACAAACAGUUUGUAUUUUUAGUUUAUAACUCUUUAAAACCAAGUUUAUAAUAUUUGAGUUUCUGAGAACUUCACAUCAGCAGGGAAAUAUUCUGCUUCUGGAAAAACUGGGUUUAUCCGAUCAAAAUGGUUCAAAUAGGGACAAAACAAACAUUUAAUGAAGCGGAAGCAUCGAUUUUCUUCUAUAGGAUGAUUGUUUUAAUAAAACAUAACAGUUUUCAAGUUAUUUACAAGAAAUAUUGAUCUAAAAACCUAUUCCUGAUUCUUUAAUGUCAUUCUAUUGUGUAAAAUAUUCUUUAAAACUCCUCAGAAUGUUAUUUAUUAAUAGACUUUAUUCCAAGCCAUUAGUUGGUUGUUUUCAUCGU